AUGUCCCAAAGAAUUGCUGAAGUUAUAUCAAAGAUUGCAUUGCCUGCUGGUGUUGCAUUCGCUUUGGCUCAAUCAUCCAUGUACGAUGUGCCUGGAGGGAAACGUGCUAUCAUCUUUGAUCGUUUAAAAGGUGUGGAACAAACAGUUAUAGGUGAAGGUACUCAUUUCCUUGUUCCGUGGUUACAAAAAGCUGUCGUGUUUGAUGUAAGGAUCAAACCAAAAGUGAUUACAACUACAACUGGGUCUAAAGAUUUACAAAAUGUUUCCAUCACAUUGCGUGUAUUGACAAGGCCUGAUGUUCCUAAGUUGCCCACAAUUUACCAAACCUUGGGUUUAGAUUAUGAUGAGAGGGUGUUGCCUGCAAUUGGUAAUGAAAUAUUGAAAGCAAUUGUUGCUCAAUUUGAUGCUGCUGAAUUAAUCACCCAAAGAGAAGUUGUUUCAGCAAGGAUUAGGCAAGAGUUGUCAAGAAGAGCUAACGAGUUCAACAUUGAAUUGGAGGAUGUAUCGAUUACUCAUAUGACUUUUGGACGUGAAUUCACAAAGGCGGUCGAGCAGAAACAAAUUGCUCAACAGGAUGCUGAAAGAUCGAAAUACUUGGUUGAAAAAGCAGAACAAGAAAAGAAAGCUAGUAUCAUUAGAGCUGAGGGAGAAGCAGAAUCUGCAGAUGUGGUGUCCAAGGCAUUGGCCAAGGCAGGUGAUGGUUUAUUGAUGAUUAGAAGAUUAGAAGCUUCCAAGGAUAUUGCUAGUACAUUGGCUGGCUCCCCCAACAUCACUUACUUGCCCAGCAAUGGAGAUGGUGGCGAAGGUGGCGCAGAAGGCGCUAAAAACUCCCUUUUGCUAAACUUGGGUCGCUAA